GAGUCAUUGCUAGCUCGUGAGUCGCUGUUUGUGUUCCUCAAUCGUGCUGUACAACCGAAAGUUGGCAAGAUGAGUAUUAUGUCCUACAACGGAGGCGUCGUGGUCGCCAUGAAGGGCAAAGAAUGCGUCGCCAUCGCAGCCGACCGGCGUCUGGGCACGCGCGGCCACACCAUUUCGCUGGUCUUCAAACGCAUCUUCGAGAUGGGCCUGAAGCUCUACUGCGGCCCGCCGGUCCUUGCAACGGACACGAAGACGGUGGAACAGAGGCUCAACUGCCGCGUAAACCUGUACGAGUUUCGCAAGGGCCACUCUGUAACUCCCGAGACGCUCGGCUCGGUCAUCUCCAACCUGCUGUAUGAGCGCCGCUUCGGUCCGUACUUUGUGCAGCCCAUAGCGGCCGGCUUGGACCCCGUGACAAAGCCCUACAUCUGCGUGAUGAACCUGAUCGGCUGCAUCGACGAGCCUACCAACUUCGUUAUCUCGGAUACGUGCGAGGAGCAGUGCUACGGCAUGUGCGAGACGCUCUGGGAACCGGACAUGGGGCCUGACGAACUGUUCGAGGCGUCCGCGCAAGCACUCAUGAAUGCCUUAUAA